GCAGUUAAUUAUUAUGAGCCGUAGUAGCCGAUAGAGUAGCAGCGGUGUGUCAGUAGACAGUUGUUGUCAGUAGUCAGUUACUGUGUAGUCAGUAGAGACGCGUUGGCUCUCCAGUUUAGUUGAUGUCCGUCAGCCGGACGGUGAGAAUUUCAGUGACGGCUAUCGCGUGUCCCGGUGCCAAGCACGGGCGACUGCUUAAUCACAACAGACCUUUGAACCUGCUAGGACCUCUCAGUCGGCAAGUUUGUGUGACCGCGUUCGUGUUGGAGAACAUCCUUAUCAGUGUCGUGUUGUUGACAGUUUGAUAUCUUAAAGGAAACGUUUGAAAGCAAUGGACCAAGCCGAGGCCGAGAAAAAAGAACCUGAAGUUUCGUCUACUGUACCAACACCUCCUCCUCCCCCGACACCAAACUUCGGUCUCUCAGACCACGACAAACUAAACCACGACAAACCGAGUCAUGGUAUCUCGGACCACGACAAAUUAAACCACGGUCUCUCGGACCACGAUAAACCAAACCAUGGUAUUUUGGACCACGAUAAACUGUACCACGGUCACCUGGACCAUGACAGACCGACCAAUGGUGGCGAGGUGAACCAAGGUUUCCAGCCGGACGAGGGCGGUCAUCACCGUCACGUGAGCAUCUCGUCGGAGGCGGUUCAGACCGACCUCGAGCACCAGAGGAAGGUGUCCACCACCUCCACUCAGCACGAAACGGCGAACCGCCUCCGGUUGGCCGCAGGAAGGAUGCGGGGGUCUUACGCUGGUGAUGGUCUACAAAAUCAUGCUGCGGACAAUGGGAGGAAAUACUCAGGUGUAACAAUGGAGGAUGAUGAACCAGACGCUGAGAACUCGUGGUGGUACCUACUCUGCACGAAAUGCCGACAGAAGGAGAGCGGGCGAGGUUGGGAACCGUCCUACUGGCAAUCGGUGUGCCCCUACCCGUUUUGUCCCACCUACCGUCACGUCGCCCGGGUCGUCAGCCUGUUCGCCACCGGCCUGCUCGCCUGGGGCGUCAUCUACUCCAUCCUCGGCAGCGACGCCGCCCCGGGCGGUCAGCUGUUCGACAUAGCCGCCGUCUCCAUUCUGGCGCACUUUGGGGGCGUCCUGUUCCGAAUGCUCAACCUCCCCGCGCUGGUCGGCAUGCUGCUAGUCGGCAUCGUGUAUCAGAACCUCGGCCUCAUCCAUGUCGAGGGCCACUAUGUCGAGUUGGUCGGCAUCUGCAGAAAGGUUGCUCUUGUUAUGAUCCUAAUUCGCGCGGGUCUUGACUUGGAACCAAAAGCAAUGAAAACUCUGUGCUUCACUGUGCUGAGGAUGGGUCUCAUUCCUUGGGCAGUUGAGUUUGUAUUGCUCGCUGUUCUCUCCAAUUAUAUUCUGCAACUGCCAUGGCUAUGGGCUAUUCUUCUAUCUUCAAUUGUAUCAGCAGUCGCCCCAGCGGUUGUUGUUCCAUGCCUACUGCGUCUAAGAAAUAAAGGGUAUGGCGUCACCAAAGGAAUUCCCACCCUGGUUAUCGCCAUAUCUGGCAUAGAUGAUGCUGCCUCGGUCACUGCCUAUGGAAUCAUCUAUGGCAUCAUUUUCUCUGCUAAUUCUCUGGCUCAUGACAUCGCAAUAGGACCCCUCUCCAUUGCCGUUGGUCUUGGAUUUGGCAUCACUUGGGGAUUCUUCUCGAAAUAUAUUCCUGAAAAAGAAGAUCCUUUUGUAGUUCCAAUCCGUAUCCUGACGUUGCUGGGAGGCUGCCUGAUUGCAGUGUUCGGCAGUGAAGUGAUUGGAAUGGAGGGCGCCGGACCUCUUGCUGUCAUUUCUGCUGCUUUCUUAUCCAUCUAUUUUUGGUCGAAACAAGGCUGGAAAAUAGAGAGUAAUCCAGUAGCAAAUGCGUUUGAAAUAUUUUGGAUGCUAUGCGAGCCAGUGCUGUUUGCUCUGACUGGAAUCCAAGUAAAGUUUGAUGAAAUCGACACCAAUAUAAUUGGCGUUGGGAGUGGCAUCCUAAUUUUCUGCAUUGUUAUAAGGAUAGUUGUAACAGUAUUAGUUGGAGUCAAAUCAUCACUGAACACUAGAGAGAAAUUCUUUGUCGCUUUAUCGUUGAUGGCAAAAGCUACUGUACAGGCCGCGCUUGGACCGGUGGCAGUAAGCACACUGCGCGACCAACGAGACUCGGAGGACUUCAAACACGCCGAGGUGGUGAUGAUGAUCUGCAUCCUGUCAAUCCUGCUGACCGCCCCGUUGGGCGCCAUACUUAUAUCACUGCUGGGCAAGCGCAUCCUCACCAAGACCACCGGCAACAUAUCACCGCCCGAGGGUUGGCGGCGCACGCAUCGACCCUCCAUUCGUGACAUCACCAUUCAGGAGUACGAGGAGGAGGAGGACGAGAACGACAAUGACAUUGAGAAAAAGAAAGAGAACCCAAAUAAUCUGUCGACUAAUUGGCAACAGCAGCCUCCCCCGUUCAUAAUAUCUGCACAGCCAUAGGUUGGUGAUGCAGUAGUCCAUUAGAGAGCUCAGCCACUAUAGACUGCAAUAGUAUAAUAGAGAGCUCAACUAAUUUAUACUGCAGUAGUCUAAUAGAGAUCUUAACCACUCUAUACUGCAGUAGUCUAAUAGAGACCUUAACCACUCUAUACUGCAGUAGUCUAAUAGAGAUCUUAACCACUCUAUACUGCAGUAGUCUAAUAGAGAGCUCAACUACUCUAUACCGUACUGCAGUCGUCUAAUAGAGAGCUCAACUACUCUAGACUGCAGUAUUCUAAGACUGGUCACACACCGAUUAGUCAAGAUAAGACUAGGCACGUUUAGUCACAAAACUUCAUAUUGCUGCUUAUGAUGCAACACACACUGAUUAGUCAUUGCAAUUAGACAUGACUCCAUAAGCAACUAUGUGACGUAUUGUGACUAAACGAGACUAGUCUUGUCUUGACUAAGCGGUUUGUGACCAGCCUUAUAGAGUCUAAUAGAGAGCUCAACUACUUUAUACUGCAGUACGGUAGUCUAAAAGAGUCUAAUAGAGUCUAAUAGAGAGCUCAACUACUGUAGACUGCAGUAGUCUAUAAUAGAGUCUAAUAGAGAGCUCAACUAUUUUUACCGUACUGCAAUAGUCUAAUAGAGAGCUCAACUACUCUAGACUGUAGUAGUCUAAUAGAGUCUAAUAGAGAGCUCAACUACUCUAGACUGUAGUAGUCUAAUAGAGAGCUCAAUACAUCUAUACUGAAGUAGUCUACAGUAAUUCAUGAGUAGUUAAACUCUCUAUUAGACUAGGCCUACUAUUAGACUAGAAAGCUCAUCUACUCAUGAACUAGGUACUCUGUUAGACAACUGCAGUCUAGAGAAAUUGAGCUCUCUAUGACUACUGCAUCAACAGGUAGAGCGGUAGAGACUGAAUCAGGGAUGAACAGUGUGUAAGAUCUCUCUGUUGAGAAAUUAUUGUGAAAAAAUGGUUUGUGUAUGUUGUUUGUUGUUGAAAAUUAUUGCAGAAACUGGGGUUGAAUGUUGAGUGUUGUUGAGAAUUAUUUGAUGAACUCGAAUUGGAUGUUGUGAAUCGUUGAAAGGUAUCAAAAUAUUUUAUUUGAAAACAAUUGUUAGGUAUUGAGUAAAGAAUGCAAAAUGAGUGGUAAUGUCUGAGAACUGAAUUUGUAAUUGAAACAGUGCUUGGUAUGACUUGUGGAAGCAUUUCAAUGUGUUGAUCUAUUAAGCCUUUAUAUAUGUUGUUCAAAAACUGAUUAAAUUGAAGAAUUCAAAUAUUUCGUGGCCUGAACCAGCAACUUCUCCAGCUGAUAAAAAGUGUACACUGGUCAGGUCGAGGAGUAUUUUUAGCAGGCUAUUACAAAGUAUGGUAACUUUGAAAAAGGAUAAUCAUCCCAAAACAAGAUCUUUUUGUCUUUUUGUUUGUGUGGGAGAACUAAUUCCUCAUUGUAUUAUAACUUGACGUUUUUUUUCGAAUUCAAUAUUUUUGUUACAUUAUGAUUUAUACAAACAAGGAUUUUUGAUUUCAUAUUGAUUGAUAUUAUGAUCACUGGUAGAAUUUUAUUCUUGACUUCUAACAUUCCACAAAUUUUGUUCAAUAAUAAGGCUAUGAAAUUUUGGAAUGUUAUAAUUGAUUGACAAUAAGUUUACAGAUGAAAAUUACUGAGAGAUUGUACUGUAUUUAUUCAAAUGCUAAUGAGUCAAUAAUUAUUUUUAAACGAAAAUCCAAAUUACAGCAUAUUAUUUCAAAAAUAAUAAAUUAAGUUUCUUGAAGAAGUUACAAUUUCAUUUUCUACUUUUAGAAUGUUAAAAAUUCUGUUCAAGUAUGUAGGCCUAUUUAGAAAUAAUGUAUGAUCGACAUAUAAGAGUUUUUCAUGAAAGUUUUAGUAGGUAAUCAAAACCAAUGCGUGUGGCCUACCUCCAAUUCCAUUUUACUUUUUUAUAUAUAUUUUUUAUUCUUAAACAACCAAUCAUUUUACUUUGAAAUCAAUUCAAGUGAAUUUGGAAAUAUCAAAAGGUGGAACAUACCUUUCAUUUUUUGUAAGUUUCAACUUGGAUGAUAAAAAAGUUUUUAAAUUUGUAAUAAAGGAAUCUUGAAUGAUUGUAUUUAUCGAGUUGAAAAUCUCUGGAGACCACUUUUUGUUUGGUAGCUAUAAUUUUUAUUGGACUCAAAAUUCAUUUUAUGUGUAAAUGGAACAACGAAUUAUCGUAAAGUUCUAUUACUGACAAUUAUCUUUUUGAAAAAAUUAUAUUAUUAAAAGAUUUAUAUGUUGAUUUAGAAUUACUGCAAUGAAUCGAGUACUGUUUUUGGUUUUUAUGAUGUUAACCAUUUUUAUUAUUAUCUCGGAUGAUGCCCACACGAGCGUAUUUAUUGCUUGUUUGUGGAUUUCAAUCUUGUUCGUGAACCAGUAGUUAUUUUUUAAUAAGAUACACUUUCAACUGUUAGCUUAUAUUUAUUGAAACAAUAGUAUUAUUAUUAUCCCAUUUUACAGUUUAUAAAAAAGAUAUCAAGCUGAAGGAGGCGUUCUCAAUGAAGAAAUUCUGAUCUGGAGGACAGUUCAUUGUUGAACAUCACAAGAGGCAUACAGUGAAACAUAGUGGAAAUCCAAAAGUUAUCAACGAGGUAACUGAACUCCUAAAACCAAUUUUGCCUGUGAAGUAGUUAACUAUUUGAAAUUAUCAGUAGUCGGUUGUAGUAUUGUUUAAUUAUUAUGGUGCUUAUGUUUUGAAAUAUUUGUAUCAUGCUUAUGUUUUGAAAUAUUUGUAUCAUUGACUGCAUCUUUUUUUAAUGUGACCAAUAAUACCGUAGUGCAGAAUCAGUAGACCCAAUGUAUUUCAAAUACCUCUUUUAUAAUAUAUUCUCAGUGUCAGUUUUUAGUGGCAUCAAGUGAAACUGACAAGUAGUUACUUUAAAU